AUGAACAGCGACGAGCCUCAGGGGAGUAGAAGUCCUGGACAAUUUGCAGGAAAGGCUGAAGAGAGGGUCACAAAAUUUGGUGGGUGCUUUUGGUUUCGCGGGUAUGGGGCUUUCGGGGUUUUGGUUUGGCGGAAACUCUGUUCCUUGGCUGCUGCUGCUAAUGGUUGCGUUGCUGACGCUCUUGUUUGCUGUUCGCCUGUUGCUCACUACCUGCGAUGUCUUCUUCCCCCGACAGUUAUUCCACAGGAAACUCAGGUGAAGAAAAUGAUCCAGCACGUUCGUCAGUAUCAAGUUCCAUUGCAGAAGUACAUGGCAAUGAUGGAUCUUCAGGAGAGGAAUGAACGGUUGUUUUAUAAGCUUCUUAUUGAGCACAUCGAAGAGUUACUCCCAGUUGUCUAUGCUCCAACUGUCGGUGAGGCUUGCCAGAAAUACGAAAGCAUCUUCAUGCGUCCUCAGGAUCUUUAUAUCAGCUUGAAAGAGAAGGGGAGGAUUCUUGAAGUACUAAGGAAUUGGCCUGAGAAGAACAUUCAAGUCAUUGUUGUAACUGAUGGAGAACGGAUCUUGGGUCUUGGGGAUCUUGGUUGUCAGGGAAUGGGAAUACCAGUUGGAAAACUUUCUUUAUAUACAGCACUCGGAGGAGUUCGUCCGUCUGCCUGUUUGCCUAUCACCAUUGAUGUGGGAACAAACAACAAGAACUUAUUGAAUGAUGAGUUAUAUAUAGGGCUCAAGCAAAGACGGGCGACUGGGCAGGAAUAUGCUGAACUUAUGCAUGAAUUUAUGAGUGCUGUCAAAUCAUAUCUAGCAUGA